AUGUCUGCUACGGCUCCUGCCGUAGCUAUUGUUGGAGGAGGCCCGACAGGCUUAGCCGCAUCCAUACUGUUGUCGCUCUGCAAGAUCCCCCACGUCCUAUUCGAAAGAUACCCUUCGACGUCGAUCCAUCCGAAAGCAUGUGGGUACAACCAUCGGACCCUUGAAAUCUUCCGCCUCAUGGGAAUCGAGAAGGAUGUCAUCGAACAGCGAGCACCUAAAACCAUCGAUGGCCAGACGGCAUGGUAUACGAGUUUCGGACCUAAUGGCAAAGAGAUUGUCAGCCGCAACGCCUGGGGAGGAGGCAUAUACCAGAAAGAAUAUGACCAAGUCUCUCCUUGUUCGUAUACCACAUUGCCACAAAUCCGACUCGAACCGAUCCUGCAGAAACGGGCGUUGGAACUCAACCCUGAUGGGAUCUUGUACAAUACAGAAGUCGUCAAGGUGGAAGAACAUAUUGACCACGUUGCUGUCACGUACCAGCGCAAGGGUCAACUGUCACGCGAGACAAUUCGUGUCAAAUACUGCAUUGCCGCCGACGGUGGCCGCAGAUUGACCGAUGACCUUGGGAUUGGCUGGGAAGGCGAGCGCGACAUCAUCGACAUGGUGUCAGCACACGUCCGCGCCCCGAUAUCGCAGCAUCAUCCAGACAUUCGAAACUUCAUCACCUGGUUCAUCAACCCCAAAUUGGGAGGGAGUAUCGGCAGCGGGUAUUUGUACCAUUUGGGCCCAUACCCUUUGGAUCCGACCAGCGAAGAAUGGCUGUUCGCCUGUGCUUUGAACCCCACCGACCCCAAACGCUUCGACGAAGAUGCCAUGCUGCAACGCAUGCACGACACGUUACAGAUCCCCGGACUGAAGCAGCAGACGGAGCUUCUCUCCAUCAGCCAUUGGUACGUGAAUGCGCUCUGCGCCAAACAAUACCGGAGCAAAGGACCAGAGUCGUCCCAAGGACGGGUGUUCUUAGUUGGAGACGCUGCACAUCGAAUUCCUCCGUGGGGCGCAUUAGGUCUGAACACGGGGAUUCAAGACGUGCACAACCUCGUGUGGAAGUUGAACUUUGCCAUCAACGGCCUUCCACCGGCUUUACAUGGUUCCACUGGGAAACAGAACCCGAACACAAACACAAAUGCAAAGUUGGAGAACCCCAUCAAUCUCGACGCCCUUCUCGACACAUACGACGUCGAACGCAGACCCAUCGGCCAACGCGUCCGGACCACAUCACUACAUAAUUUACGCGCUCACUCGCUCGUCAUGGACAGAGCAUUAGGUCUUUCUCCGGGGAACAGUGAAGCGGACAAUAUUGCCGCGAUGGACUCAUUUUUUGAUCCUGCGAGCACAGAAGAGGGUGGUGAAGGCCAGGCUCGUCGCGAAGCCGUCCAGCAAGCCCAGAAGAUCCUGGACGGCGAAUUCCACGCCCUCGGCGCGGAGAUCGGCUGGUUCUAUCCUAGUCUCGACCUGGACGGAGAAGGUCAAGCGACGAACCAUGAUGGCCAGCUUGAUGAAGAGGGAAAUCUCGACAUGCUCCGGUAUCAUCCCUCUACUAUCCCAGGGCAUCAUUUACCUCAUGUCUGGCUGAAACGGAUCCAGCCAUCGCAAAGGGAUGAAAUGAAACAAAGGGUCUCGACGAGGGAUCUGGUCAGAUACGAUGGAUUCAUAUUCAUCACCUCGGCGCCAGAGUUGUGGCAGAACCAGAUUGACCACAGCUCCGGGCUCGACGGCCUAGUUACCCUCGUCGAAAUUGCGGAGUCGAAUGGACCUAAAGACUGGCCUGCCGGUGAUGAGAGUGCUGAUGAGAGUGCCAGUGAGCAUACAUUAUGGCGAGACAUCGAUGGCAAAUGGGCAUCUCUUCGCGGCGUCGAACAUACUGGCGCCGUAUUUGUUCGGCCGGAUGGGAUUGUAGUUUGGCGAGCUAGAAAGUUUGAGCCGAGCAGACAUUCAACACCGGGGGUGUUGAGGGAUGUUAUUCUGAGGACGUUGAAGCUGACUUAG